AUGGGGGGCAUCCACGGCAUGUUUCUCGCCCAGUACGAAGUGCUGCGCGAACGCGGGCACAGCCCCAGCGAAGCCUUCAACGAGACGGUCGAGGAGGCCACCCAGUCCCUGUACCCACUGAUCGGGGCGAACGGGAUGGACUGGAUGUACGCUGCGUGCUCGACGACGGCGCGCCGGGGCGCGCUUGAUUGGAGCAGCAGGUUCAAGGAUACGUUGAAGCCGGUGUUCAACGAGCUGUAUGACAGUGUGAAGAAUGGGAAGGAGACGAAGAGGAGUCUGGAGUAUAACUCGCAGCCGGAUUAUCGGGAGAAGUACGAGAAGGAGAUGCAGGAGAUUCGGGAUUUGGAGAUUUGGAGGGCUGGGAAGGCUGUGCGAUCACUCCGCCCUGAGAACCAGAAAUGA